AUGAUCAACCCUAUUUCCGAAACAUCCUCAUAUUUCACCUUCCUUGCCCUCCCCAGCGAAAUCGACCAUGUCGCGGCGGACCGAUCCCACAGCAUUUCUAUCCGCUACGGCAAGCGCUAUCACAUAGUGAACGAUAAAAGAGACUUCCUGGCACACGACUGGACACAUUGGAGGUUCCUGCAGAUGGGUCCGCGUGCUCACACGGGUGUCUUCAAAAUCUGCGCCAGCAUGAAUCAUUGUACUCUCAACCAGCCCAACGAAGUUGUCCAGGCAGGUGAUAAAUUCUUGAUCUUCGACGAACAGGGCAACUACUGGAAUCAUCGCGAAGCAUUUCUCACCGGCUUCCCUUAUGCUCCAGUUUCCCCCGCUCAGCCGAAAAUGAGUGCUCUUAUACGAGAUACUGCGCCGUGA